AAUUCAUGUUAUACUCUCUUGUUUUAAGUUGAUUAUGAUCUGUUUUUCUUGUUUGUUGUUGAAAGAAAUGAGCCUCAACAUUUUAGGUUUGUGUUAAUUUAAUAAAUUGUAAUGCUGGGUAAAACUUGUAUAAGUUAUAUUAACAACAAUGUGAAGGUAUUGCUCAUGAAUUGACAAUUUCUUUCCGAACAAAAUUUCCUCCAGACAUACAAAAAUUACGUUCACACCUUUAUUUUUAAAACCAAUACUUACUUUUACUACUUCAAGAAGCUGUUCAGAAGUUUUUAAACAAAUGAAAAGAAGGGUCGACGUGUAUAAUAGCUUUAAUAAUUCACCUGCUGAGUGGUAACCUAAACAACUGUUAUUUGUAGGCCUAUGGGAAUCGAAGUUGCAUCUUUCAUGAACUUUGUACGUGUUGGCGUACAUAAAGGAACACGGUGAACAAUGUAAUGGUGAUCCAUGCUGAUCUAUGGUGUAAAGUUGCAUUGUGCUCGUCUUAGAAAAAAAACCCGUAGUGUACAAAUAGACUCCUUUACAAUUGUUCAUUCAAGUAUCCAGGUCAUAAGCCGUGGUUUGUUAUGGUAAAUAUUGUACCGCCACAGAGGAAUAUUGCACGAUUCUGCCAGGAUUGGAAGGCUAUCCUAAAAAAGUCUUCGAAAUCAUAGGCUCAUGACGCCUUUGCAAGUAUAUACAGUGGUGAAUAGUCCCUUGUUCCACCUUAUGGUUGGUUGGGCGUUUUAAUGCAAAACCGCUUUCCAUAAGGUUGUGGUAAGAGAAUCUACCUCGAUCCGUCCCAGAUGCAUGUAAUUUGUAAGGACUCGACCUUUGCGACCGAAGUCCAAAUCGUCUGAACGGCCUAGCUGCAAUAAUGGGGCAAGACAACAAAUCCGACGAUCGGACAUCGACUUCAUCCACGAUUGACCCCACCCAACCUGGCGGGUGCGAACUGUUCCUGAUCUUCCGGUCUGCCGUCAGCGUAGUCUUUCAAACUCUCCGUCACCCACUAAUAACAAUCCGCCACUCCGCUGGAUUCUGCUCCCUCGCCCCGUAUCGAGAAGUCAACGAAGGUAGGGAGGAAUGCACUCCUCACCCUGCCGUUGAAAUUCUGCUUUCGACGGCAGAGGCAGACACUGAAGAGAACAACAACGAGCCCUCUGGUUUCGUGGAAGCUGAUAGGUUGAAACGAAAGAAGCCGUCUAAAAAGAUAAAGAAAAACCUCAGAAAGGGCGUCCAACAUCUUGGCACUAGCUCCAUGCUAUUUGCGUCACCGAUUAGUUCAGCUUCCAUUGCACGUGACAUUCAUCAACGUAUGUCAUCGAAUUAUAAAUACGCGGAGAUGCAAGAGGCUUAUGUCACUUCUACCCUGUUUCUGUGACAAUCUUUUAAAGACUGCUUGGAAUUGUGCCUUGCUUUGUACAGUUGUAUAUUUUUUUUUUUUACAUCUUAACUUACACUCGAAGCAUUCACAGCUUUUGAGUUUUGUGGAGUUGGGGGAACAGAGAAACUACUGGCUCCAUGGAACCGAUUUGCAGAGUGAACCAUGGAUGUAUAGAUUUAUUUGCUAUCCUUUCAUAAGUUGUUUUGAAUGGCUUCAGGUUUCUUCAGGCGUGAGCUACGAUAUCGAUAUUUUUCACAGGAGUUU